AGCCUGCACCCCUCUUCCAGGGACCUGAUGUGCGGGUUAUGCUGGGGGCUCAGAUAGCCGGGGACGACUGUACACUGAGGACAGCAUCAUGGGGGACAUGCAGGACCAUGAGGAAGUUCUGGCGAUCCCAGAUCAGGAUAGCGAUGAUGAACUGGAGCAUGAGAUAGAACAGAUAGCGUAUCAAGAUUCAGACAUCCAUGUGGUCCAGAUGCAGGAGCCAGAAGCUCUUCCCACAGAGCAGAUAGCCACAGACUACAUCCCCACCAGUACCUCCACAUCGCACCCAAGCUCCAGUCAGGUCUAUGUGGAGCUGCAGGAGCUGAAGAUGGACCAGAGGAACCAGGAACUACAGUGGGUGGAGGCAGCACACUGGAUAGGGCUAGAAGAAAACUUACGAGAGGACGGGGUGUGGGGCCGUCCACAUCUGUCUUACCUCACCUUCUGGAGCCUUCUAGAACUGCAGAAAGUCUUUUCAAAAGGCACCGUCCUCCUGGAUCUGGCAGAGACAUCCCUGGCUGGGGUGGCCAAUCAGCUUCUAGACGGCUUCAUCUACGAGGACCAGAUUCGACCUCAGGACCGAGACGAGCUGCUCCGGGCGCUACUACUCAAACGCAGCCACGCUGAGGACCUAAAGGCUCUGGAGGGAGUGAAGCCCGCCAUCCUGACCCGCUCUGGGGGCCCUUCUGAGCCCCUCCUUGCCCAGCAGCCAUCACUGGAGACCACGCUGUACUGUGGACAGGCAGAGGGGGACCCAGAAGGACUCUCGCCAUCCGGGACUCUGAAGAUCCCCCCAGAUUCAGAAGCCGCACUGGUGCUAGUGGGCGCUACUAAUUUUCUGGAGAGGCCUGUGCUGGGCUUCGUGAGGCUGAAGGAGGCUGUGCGGCUGGAGGACCUGGAGCGGCCGGAGCCUGUGCGCUUCCUUUUAGUUCUGCUGGGCCCCGAGGCUCCCCAUGUUGACUACACCCAGCUGGGCAGAGCUGCAGCUACACUCAUGACCGAAAGAGUGUUCCGCACAACCGCCUACCUGGCACAGAGCCGAGGGGAGCUGCUGAGCUCCCUGGAGAACUUCCUGGACUGUAGCCUGGUCCUGCCACCCACCGACGCCCCUUCAGAGCAAGCUCUGCUCAACCUGGUGCCCGUGCAGAAGCAGCUGCUUAGAAGGCGCUACCUGCCCAGUCUCCCCAAGCCAGACCCUGCCUUGUACAAGAUCCUAGACUUGAACGGGGACCCAGGGAGCCCCGGUGGCGUAGAUGAUCCUCUACAGCGCACAGGCCGGAUCUUUGGAGGCCUGAUUCGUGACAUCCGGCGCCGUUAUCCAUACUAUCUGAGUGACAUCACAGAUGCGCUCAGCCCCCAGGUCCUGGCUGCCGUCAUCUUCAUCUACUUUGCCGCCCUGUCGCCCGCCGUCACCUUUGGUGGCCUCCUGGGAGAAAAAACCCGGAACCUGAUGGGAGUGUCAGAGCUGCUCAUCUCCACAGCAGUGCAAGGCAUUCUCUUUGCUCUCCUGGGGGCGCAGCCCCUGCUGGUGCUUGGCUUCUCGGGACCCCUGCUGGUGUUUGAGGAAGCCUUCUUCUCGUUCUGUGAAAGCAAUAACCUGGAGUACAUCGUGGGCCGCGCGUGGAUCGGUUUCUGGCUCAUUCUGUUGGUGCUGCUGGUGGUGGCCUUUGAAGGCAGCUUCCUGGUCCGAUUCAUCUCCCGCUACACCCAGGAGAUCUUCUCCUUCCUCAUCUCCCUCAUCUUCAUCUAUGAGACUUUCUCCAAGCUGAUCAAGAUUUUCCAGGACUACCCGCUGCAACAGAGUUAUGCCCCUGUUUCGAUGAAGCCCAAACCUCUGGGUCCCGUGCCUAACACAGCCCUCUUCUCCCUGGUGCUCAUGGCUGGUACCUUCUUACUUGCCAUGAUGCUGCGAAAGUUCAAGAACAGCACCUACUUCCCUGGCAAGCUGCGCAGAGUCAUUGGGGACUUCGGGGUCCCCAUCUCCAUCCUGAUAAUGGUCGUGGUGGAUUCCUUUGUCAAGGACACCUACACCCAGAAACUGUCGGUGCCUGACGGCCUCAAAGUAUCCAAUUCCACUGCCCGGGGCUGGGUCAUCCACCCUCUGGGUCUGUACAACAAGUUUCCCUACUGGAUGAUGUUCGCUUCUGCCCUGCCUGCUCUGCUGGUCUUCAUCCUCAUAUUCCUUGAGUCUCAGAUCACCACGCUGAUCGUCAGCAAACCAGAGCGCAAGAUGAUCAAGGGCUCCGGCUUCCAUCUGGACCUCCUGCUGGUCGUUGGCAUGGGUGGGGUGGCCGCCAUUUUUGGGAUGCCUUGGCUCAGUGCCACCACUGUGCGUUCUGUUACCCACGCUAAUGCCCUCACAGUCAUGGGCAAGGCCAGCGGUCCCGGGGCUGCAGCUCAGGUCCAAGAGGUCAAGGAGCAGCGGAUCAGUGGGCUCCUGGUCUCUGUACUUGUAGGACUGUCCAUCCUUAUGGAGCCUAUCUUGUCCCGCAUCCCCCUGGCGGUGCUGUUCGGCAUCUUCCUGUACAUGGGAGUCACGUCCCUCAGUGGCAUCCAGCUCUUUGAUCGCAUCUUGCUGUUGUUCAAGCCACCCAAGUACCACCCCGACGUGCCCUUUGUCAAGAGGGUGAGGACCUGGCGCAUGCACCUGUUCACGGGCAUCCAGAUCAUCUGCCUGGCAGCGCUGUGGGUGGUGAAGUCCACCCCUGCCUCACUGGCCCUACCCUUUGUCCUCAUCCUCACUGUGCCUCUGCGUCGCUUCCUGCUGCCAUGCAUCUUCAGUAGGCUGGAACUCCAGUGUCUGGAUGGUGAUGACGCCAAAGUGAGCUUUGACGAGGAGGAAGGUCUGGACGAAUAUGACGAAGUGCCCAUGCCUGUGUGAGGGGCAGGCCCGGGCCCCCAACCAUUCCACUUCCCCACCCUCCCAGGAAGAGCAUUCACGGGCAUCUCACGGCUGUGGGUGGGGGAGGCAGGGUUGUCUAGGAAACACUCUACCUAAGGUACAAUGCAUUUUCUGGCUGAAGAUGACCAGAAGCCAUAUCAGGGAACUGGGGUUACAGUCUCUUGAGACCAUGCUGGAAAAGUUAGGUCUGAGUCUCCUCCCUUCAUGGCACAGUUAUAAAUAGCAAAGGGGAGAGAUGGAGGACAGUUUUCAAGUUCCUGUUGGCUGUGUGGCCUCAUAUAAGUCCCUUGACCUCUCUGGCCUCUGCUUCCUACUCUAUAAAACAGAGGCAUUGAUAAUAAUACCCAUGGUCUUAUCAAUAGACCACAUGGUCUCUGAGGACCAAUGGUAAAUGUGAAAGGGCCAGUCAACGGCAGUUAUCAUUUUCUGAGCCUGCCCGAGGUCCCACAGCUCCUGGGCUGUACAGCGGGACUUGAGCCAUGGCCUCCUGACCCGGAGGGCGUAGCUCUGUCCUCCAUCUUCCACGAAUCCUCUUUCCCUGCUCAAAAAUACCCCUGAUGACUUCUCACUUCCCUUCUCUGUCCCAGCCCCACCCCGAGACCCUCUUCUCUACACCCAGAGAGGUAUCCUGGUGAGAGUAAGGUCCAGGUGAGGGACUGGGUCUCAGACUCAGAAGUGCUUGCUCUCUCCCACCAGACACUCAUUCAUUCACUCAUUCAUUCAUUCAUCCAUUCAUUCACUCCAUAGCCACCUCCUAAAAGCUCUGGACCUAGUGGACACAGAGGGGACUGCGUCAAGCCCCUACUUCGGAGUGGGGCCAAUACACAAGUCUGCUCUGGAUUUGGAUGGGGAUGGAGGGAAGAUGGGAGGAUUGUAAUUUAUUAACCGUAUUUUCUAAGUGCUUCCUCUGUGCCUUGGUUUUGUCUAUGCACCCAGCCACCGUGAGAGAUCUGCCGUGUCCAACCCCAACUAAACUGAAUCUCAGGGGAAACCCAAAGUUUGACCUGUUGGAGUAGGAGACGGUGGCUUGCUCAGGACAUGGAUAACAAUUUAUUUUUUUUU